AGGACCAUCUCUCGAUCUGUACCCCAACCCCAGAGGAAAGGGUGUUUCGGCACCCCUAAAGAGAGGUGAAACUCUCUGGAUAUAGACUCUACUGUGUGACUCUACAGCAGCAGAAACAUGGAUGACUCCAGUAUUCUGAGACGCAGGGGUCUGCAGAAGGAGCUCAGUCUUCCGAGGAGGGGCAGUUUCUGUCGGACCAGCAAUAGGAAGAGCCUGAUUGUGACAUCCAGCACCUCUCCUACACUACCCAGACCACACUCACCACUACAUGGACACCCAGGGAGCAGCCCUCUGGACAGCCCCAGAAAUUUCUCCCCCAACACGGCAGCACACUUCUCCUUCGUUCCAGCACGCAGGACGGAUGGCAGGCGCUGGUCUCUGGCAUCAUUGCCCUCCUCUGGAUAUGGCACCAACACUCCCAGCUCCACUGUCUCGUCAUCCUGUUCAUCCCAGGAGAAGCUGCACCAGUUGCCCUUCCAGCCCACGGCGGACGAGCUGCACUUCCUCACCAAGCACUUCAGCUCUGAGAGCAUCACCGACGAGGAGGGACGACACUCGCCCAUGCGCCCCCGCUCACGCAGCCUCAGCCCUGGUCGCUCACCCAUCUCCUUUGACCAUGAGAUCGUCAUGAUGAACCAUGUCUACAAGGAGCGUUUUCCCAAGGCCACGGCUCAGAUGGAGGACCGUCUGGCUGACUUCCUGUCGUCCUCGGCCCCUGACAAGGUGAUGCCCCUGGCUGACGGGGUCCUCAGCUUCAUCCACCACCAGGUCAUAGAGCUGUCCAGAGACUGCCUGGAUAAAAGCCGUGAGGGCUGCAUCACCUCACGCUACUUCUACGAGCUGCAGGAGAACCUGGAGAAACUGCUACAAGACGCUCACGAGCGCUCUGAGAGUGUGGAGGUCACAUUUGUGACCCAGCUGGUGAGGAAGCUGAUGAUCGUCAUCGCUCGGCCGGCACGCCUGCUGGAAUGUCUGGAGUUUGACCCGGAGGAGUUCUACCACCUGUUGGAGGCAGCAGAGGGCCAUGCCAAGGAGGGCCAGGGCAUCAAGUCAGACAUCCCACGCUACAUCAUCAGCCAGCUGGGUCUCACCAGGGAUCCCCUGGAGGAGAUGGCCCAGCUGAGCAGCUACGACAGUGGGAACCCAGACACACCAGAGACAGACGACUCUGUGGAUAGUCGAGGGGCCACAGUGCCUGGAGUAGCUCCCCCUAAAACCAAGGCCCCACGGGAGGAGGACUUUGAGAACAUCAAGCUCAUCAGCAAUGGGGCUUAUGGUGCUGUGUACCUGGUGCGUCACAAGGAGACCCGUCAGCGUUUUGCCAUGAAGAAGAUCAACAAGCAGAACCUAAUCCUAAGGAACCAGAUCCAGCAGGCCUUUGUAGAGAGAGACAUCCUGACCUUUGCUGAGAACCCCUUCGUGGUCUCCAUGUUCUGCUCCUUCGAGACACGCAGACACCUCUGUAUGGUCAUGGAGUAUGUGGAGGGUGGUGACUGUGCCACCCUGCUGAAGAACAUUGGGGCUCUGCCCGUGGACAUGGCACGCAUGUACUUCGCUGAGACCGUGCUGGCACUGGAGUACCUCCACAACUAUGGCAUCGUACACAGAGACCUCAAACCUGACAAUCUUCUGAUCACUUCGAUGGGCCACAUCAAGCUGACAGACUUUGGCCUGUCUAAGAUCGGUCUGAUGAGCCUCACCACCAAUCUGUAUGAAGGACACAUAGAGAAGGAUACCAGGGAGUUCCUGGAUAAACAGGUGUGUGGUACACCAGAGUACAUAGCCCCAGAGGUGAUCCUGAGACAGGGCUAUGGGAAGCCAGUAGACUGGUGGGCCAUGGGGGUCAUCCUGUAUGAGUUCCUGGUGGGCUGUGCUCCCUUCUUUGGAGACACGCCAGAGGAGCUCUUUGGACAGGUCAUCAGUGAUGAGAUCAUAUGGCCAGAGGAGGAGGAGGCUCUUCCUAACGAUGCCCAGGACCUCAUCUGUAAACUCCUCAGACAGAACCCUCUGGAGAGGCUGGGCACAGGCAGUGCAUUUGAGGUGAAGCAACACCGGUUCUUCUAUGACCUGGACUGGAACAGUCUGCUGAGACAGAAGGCAGAGUUCAUCCCUCAGCUGGAGUCAGAGGAAGACACCAGCUACUUUGACACCCGUUCAGACAGGUACCACCACAUGGACUCUGAAGAUGAGGACGACACUAACGAUGACGAUCACGUAGAGAUGCGCCAGUUCUCCUCCUGCUCGCCCCGCUUCAGCAAGGUGUACAGCAGUAUGGAGCGUCUGUCCCUCCACGAGGAGAAGCGGACCCCCCCGCCCACCAAGCGGAGCCUUAGUGAGGAAGGAGGAGAGCGCAUCGACAGCCUCAGUGGGCUCAAGUCCAGAGACCGCUCCUGGCUGGUGGGGUCACCUGAGAUCCUGCGUAAGCGUCUGUCCGUCUCGGAGUCGUCCCACACUGAGAGUGACUCCAGCCCUCCUCUGACGGUGCGUAGACGCUGCUGCUCCGCCAUCAUCGAGAUGCCGCGCUUUGCCAUCUCUUCGGAGGAGGAAGGAGGGGUGGCCCUGAGUCAUAAGAGCCCCAGCCUGCUCAGCCAGACCCUCGGGGGAUUCAGGGGCCCCCGCAGUGAGGAGCUGCCCCUCUCCAUCCCAGAGCUCCCCGUAGAGAGAGAGCUGAAACUGGUCCAGUCCCCCACCACACCUGGGUCCACCACCAGCCAGCUCAGCAGAGUCACACUCACACUGGGUAGUUCAGGAGAUGUGUGGGAGCGUGGUACAGGGUCAGGAGCAGACAGCUCUACCUCUGCCCCUAAGGCCAUCAGUGACCUGGCAGUUAGGAGGGCCCGCCACAGACUGUUGUCUGGAGACACAGACAAACACACCCAGUCCAGACCCCUCAACAAGGUCAUCAAGUCUGCCUCCACUACUACCCUCUCACUCAUGAUCCCUGCAGACCACCAUGGAGCCUCCCCAUUGGCUAGCCCCAUGUCACCCCACUCCCUCUCCUCCAAUCCCUCGUCCAGAGACUCCUCCCCCAGUAGAGACCUGUUCCCGGCCGUAGCCAACAUCAAGCCCGCCAUCAUCAUCCACCGGGCGGGCAAGAAGUACGGCUUCACCCUCCGUGCCAUCAGGGUAUACAUGGGAGACACAGAUAUCUACACCGUACAUCACAUAGUCUGGCAUGUGGAAGAGGGUGGUCCUGCCCAUGAUGCGGGGCUGAGAGAAGGAGAUCUCAUCACUCAUGUGAACGGGGAGGCUGUCCACGGCCUGGUCCACACUGAGGUGGUGGAGCUCAUCCUCAAGAGCGGUGGUAAGGUGUCCAUCUCAGCCACGCCCUUUGAGAACACCUCCAUCAAGGUAGGCCCCGCCCGCAAGACCGGCUCCAAAUCCAAGAUGGCGCGUCGCAUCAAAAAGACCAAGACCAAAGAUGGAGGCCAGGAAAGCAGCAGUAAGAAGAGGAACUCUCUGUUCAGGAAGAUCACUAAGCAGGCGUCUCUGCUCCACACCAGCCGUAGUCUAUCCUCUCUCAACCGCUCUCUGUCCUCUGGAGAGAGUGGACCAGGGUCCCCCACACACAACCUGUCCCCCAGGUCACCUACACCGGGCUAUCGCUCCACGCCUGACUCUGCACACUCUGUAGGGGGGAACUCGUCUCAGAGCAGCUCUCCCACCUCCAGUGUGCCUAACUCCCCAGCCAGCUCCGGUCACAUCCGGCCCAGCUCCCUCCAUGGCCUGGCCCCCAAGCUCCAGCGCCAGUACCGCUCCCCUCGCCGCAAGUCAGCCGGCAACAUCCCCCUAUCCCCCUGGCCCGCACCCCCCCCCCCCACCCCGCAGGGCACCUCCCCCCAACGUUCCCCCCCCCCCCUGCCCAGCCAUGCCGUGGGCUCCUCCUCUAUGGGUCAGUCCUUCCCCGUCAAGCUCCACUCCUCCCCCCCUCUGGUCAGGCAUAUCUCCAGGCCCAAGAGCACUGAACCCCCCCGCUCCCCACUCCUCAAACGAGUACAAUCCACCGAGAAGCUAGCCUCCUCCCUCUCCUCCACCUCCUCCCCCUCUGCGUCGGGGGCCGGAGGUGACAAGAAGCUGCCUGUAACGGUGACAGGACGUAAACACAGCCUGGACAUCUCCCACCAGGAGUUUAAGAAGGAGAUGCUUCAGAGAGACACCAGUCUGCAGAGCCUGCAGGUGUCAGCUGUGGAGAGAGAGAGUCUGCUGCUGGGGGUCGGGCUGGGGCCCGGGGUGGGGGGUCGUGGGGGCCCUGUGGAGAAGGGCAGCCUGCAGAAACACUCCUCCUCCAGCAGGAAGCUGGGGCUGGCCCCCGGGAAGAGCAAGCUGAAGGACAAGCUGUCAGCCAUUAGACAGGACCGGGCUGAGAGGAGGGAGUCACUGCAGAAGCAGGAUGCUAUCCACGAGGUGGACUCUUCAGAGGACGAGACAGACGAGGGGUCAGAGGACAGCCAGGACGGGAGGGGCAGGAACACCUGUACUUUCACCCCCCCGCUGCUCCGCCCCACCUCCGUCAUGGCCACCGCCCCCCGCACGGGACCCGGGGGCACCCUCCCCUCCCUGUGUCUGUCCCCCACCUCCACCCUGCUGCCCAGCAGAGCCACCAAACCCUCCACACUCCCCGAACACAAGCCCAUUCAGAGUGCUCCUUCGCUGGGAGGGAAAGACAGCGGCUCAGCCUCCUCGGAUGACUGUGGGAGGAGAGAGGGGAAGGCUCCAGACCCCAGCUCCAAAUUCACCCAGAGCCCCCUGUCCAGCACUUUCGCCACCCCCGGUAGUGCUUUCAUCUCUAAGGACACAUUCCUGAAGCCUGCUGCUCCAUCUUCACAUCAGGAAUGGAGGAGCCCCAAGCUACCUGAGACCAGAGGGAAGAGCAGUAGCCCUGGGUUAUGGAGUGAGGAGAGAGACUCUGGCCUGGAGGCCCCCAGAUCCAGCCCCACUGGGUCCAUAGACGGCAGGUACAUAGCCCACACACCCAUCUCCUCCCCAGGCAUCACCAAGGAGAAAAAGGAGGCAGACAACCGGAGACAGGCUGCUGCUGCCGCCGCCGCCGCGUCCUACGCCACCCCAGCCUAUGCCACCCCCAGCCCCCCAGCCCCAGUGUCAGGGUCAGAGAGUGGGGUGGACAAGGUGGUGUCCCAGCUAGCCACCGUGGCUAAGAGCUUCCUGGGGCCCGUCAAACUCACCAUCCCUGGGGCCAAGGAGGCCUUUGAGAGGGCCAAGGACCAGAACCAGAGACCUUCCGACCCCCCUCACCCCAAGGCCACACCCGAACCCCCCCCCCCCCCCCUUUAGACACCCUGCCCCUCAGCCACCUCCCCGCCUGUCCUCCCAGUCUCCUAACCGGCAGCCCUCCUCCAAAACUGAGCCAGCCCCCCCUCCACAGAGGAGGGCCUCCCCUCCUAAAGACUGUACCCCGGGGCCCCAGGACCACCCGGAAAGGCCGUUGGUGGUGUUACGAGGCAGUGGGGAGACUGCAGCCAUUACAGCUGUUACUGCACCAAGGCAGGGGCCCACCACCACACCCAUACCCACCCAGAUCCCUACUGCAGCCCCGGAGCAGCGCAAGAGGCCAGACCCCCCGGCCCCACAGAGACCCAGCCCUGCCUCCGCAGCCUCCACCCCACAGGACAAAACCAGCAGCAAGAAGACGUAGCAGAAAACAAGACUCAAGAAACACCCAUGACAAUACAGACUGCUUGCUCAAGAUUUUAAUCAACCGCAUGUUUGGAAGAAAAUAACAACUUAUUCAAAACUCUUUGCAACACACAAAUCAUUAUGAGAGCGAGAGAGAGAGAGAUCCAUCGGGGAUAGAUCUGUGCCCUGACUGUGUGCUGUUAUGUCCCAGAGGCAUCCAGGUUCGCUGUGUAUCUCUUGUUCUUCUUAUUCCCUGUUUUAUCAUUCAGACAUGGAUUAAUGUUCCUGUGAAGUCGGUCUGCAAAGAAACGUGGGGGCUAGAAAUAAACAGUGUGAGUUCAUUGAUCCACAGGGAAGGAUUAACAAACACCUGCACUAAUGGUAUUUUCUUAGUAUACUGCCUCGUUACCUUUCACCUUGUAGUUCCAGUAGUCUGACGUGUGUUCUUAGCUAGCCAAUAGAUCAGGUUGUGCCUUAUAAACAAAAUGGCAUCCCCCCCACCACUCCACCCUGCCUGCAUGUGUCUCCAGCCAUCCAUGACUGAAAAGGGUGUAUCUCAGCAAUAAAAGUAGCUUAUGCUUAGCAAUCAGCAUAAAUACAUUACAGUCUGUUAAUGAAACAAUCUGCAUUGCUCACGUUUACACACUCAGCAGUUUACAAAAGGCAAAUGACAUUGUGUAUUAUUAUUAUUCCCUCAUGGUCUAACGCUGCACUCUGUCUCUCUAACAGUAUAAAACUGCAGACUGGCUAGAACACCCUCCAGUCCCUAUAUAACACACUAUUAAUGUAGCGGCUGUCAGAAUGUCUAUUAAAGCAGUGUUUGUAUUGUAUAUCAUAGCGUCCCAUGGUCAUUUCCUUCCCCGUCUGCUCCACUGGCCCUUCCCUGACUAUAGCUGGACCUGUCAGUGUACCGUAUAGAGCUCUAUGUGGGUGUGAGCAUGUGUUGUGGUAGCUACAGUAGGAUAGCCGCCUAGCCGUUCACCUUGUAGUUGCAUGAUAGCCUCACCAUAUCUACAUCCCUGUCUCUUUAAUGAUAAAGGAAUAAAUAGGUGGUUCAUAUCACAGCUUGGACUAUUGGUGAGGUGGGUAGGGAGGUUCAGUGAACCAGUCCCAGACUGCCUGGGGACAACUGAUCAAUCUGGUCCUAGUCUGAUUUGAUCACAUCUUGUUUGGUCAACUACACAGCCAGACACAGUGUUGAGAUAAGAGUCAAGUGGUUAGGAUGAGGUAGAUUUAUUAAAGAGAUUUGGGUUUGUGUACCAGGUAGCGCAUUGUUCCACAGGGUGGAUCUCUCUGCCCCUGAAACUCAAUUACCCAGACUCCUCAGUAACUGAGGCAGGAAGUCAGCUCACAAGUCUGUUUACAGGCCAGUCAAAGUGACUACAGUAGGCACACCAGCCAUCUAUAAACUAUAUUAUGACAACCAGUGGUUUUCCACAUCCAAGUGGACCAUUAUCUUUAUUUGUAGCCCCUGCGCUCUCUGUUUUUAUCAGCCACUAAAGGUUUGCUGUUGAUUUGACUUUGUAUCUGGACCAACUUGCUGUGUUCUCUGUGUUUUGCCUCUUAUCCUGUAAAGCUAGCAGACUUUACUUUCUAUAUGCGUGCAAGAGUAUGUGUUGUCGUGUGGCUGUAAGAUGUAUAUAUAUGAAUAUUUAAAGGUCUGUUUUUGUGUGUGUUUUAGUUAGGGUAAACUUUGUUAGUUACCCCUGUUAGUACUGUCUCUCCCUGAUAGGCCUGAUGCUUGACUGAUGUCUCAGUUGGCAUAUAGGGUUGGAGAUGGGUCAGUAGGGGGUGGGCUUUGCACAACCCUUUUAUCUCUGUUUGUCAAAUAAAAAGCCAACUAAAUUAAAGGGCCAAUCAGAUCCCUGGCUUUUAGGUCAGUCACGACAAUGUCGACCAAUCAGUGAACUGAACACCCUUAUGAUCUUGUGUGCCACUGCUCUGUGUGUGGGUGUUCGUGCGUGUGUGUGUUAGUGUGUAAAGAGGGGAUGUUUUCAUGGUGUUAAACUAUGGCCAUGUGACUAUCUACAUCAUACAUCUAAAUUAUUUUGGUGUGCGAGUUCAAAUCUCCCUCUGUACGUGUGUCAGUCUGCAGUGUGUCCUGCAAAGUUUACGUUGCUUUUGGAGAUGUUGCAGAGAGCAGCUCUGGGAUGACUGAGGGUGAGACAGGACUAUAUCUGUCUGGUGUCUAUAGAUACUGAAGAGGUGUUGUCGAUACCUAACCCCAGACAGACAGACAACCCCGAUGACUGACUGUGGCUUCCGAUCUCUGUAAUAUGUUUACAUGUUGUUCUUCUAUCUUUCUCAAUGGGAAUCCUCUAUGCCACUAGCAAUCAACCCCUGUAACAGAUAGUGAUCAUUAUCAAUACUAACAGCUUUCCACAUAACGCUAAAGUUACCCUGUAUUAAGUCAGUGUGACUAGCUUGUUGUGCUCUUUACAUACACAUUUUAAUGUAACCUAACCACUGAUGUACCACUGACAAUGUUAAUGUGGAGGAAUAGCACAUAAUGUUUAAGGUUGGGCUCAGGUUGGGCUCAUUUGGGAACCAUCCUAAAUCACCUGCAGUGCGAAUAGUUGUCUCCUCUAGUGCAGAAGGAUAGAGGUGAGCUAGUGUUAUGAUGAGUUCUCUGGUAUCAAGGAUAUCAAGAUGCAAGAAGAUAAUUAAACAAUUGCAUGGAGAGUU